AUGUACAGUUUUGUUUUAAUAUCCAGUGAAGAAGUGAAGGAUGAGACGUUAGACAGAGGGGCCCACAGUGAUAGAACCGGUCUUUGGUUCGGUCCUCGUCUCGGGAAACGAUCACUGAGUCUUUCUUCAGAAGAUAACGGUCAAAAACUUCUAAGGAUGUUGGAGGCAGCUGAUACCCUGAAUUACUAUUAUGAUCAGCUACCAUUUUACGAGUCGCAAGUGGACGAGCCUCAGAAAGUCAUCAAGAAGGUCAUAUUUACCCCUAAACUGGGGAGAAGCUUGGAAAGCAUGCAAGAGAAGAGAGGCUACGAGAAUGUGGAGUUCACGCCGCGUCUCGGCAGAAGAUUCUCCCCGGAGCCGGCUACCACACCUGAGCAGGAGAUCGGUCACGAACGAGUGGACAUCAGAUCAGAAUACUUCUCCCCAAGAUUAGGUCGCACUGUCCAGUUUUCUCCACGCCUUGGCAGAGAGAUAACCUAUGACCUUUACCCAGAGAACAUAAGAGUGGCGAGAAGUAUUAACAAAACUGAUACCAAAUAA